AUGUCCUCCGUUUACUCUGCGGCUGGGCCCCCCAUGACUGCCUAUUUAAACCCUAUUCCGACCACGCCAGGUCUGCAGACGCCGUUAGAGGCUCCUGCCUGCUCGACAUCUGCAGCCACCCUGUCACCCUCUGUCUACAAUUCAGAUGGCUAUACUCUCAAACCAAUACCCUGCCCUGCAACUGCCCCCACUACUACUGCUAAUGGAAGUUUCUCCUCAUCCUCACCGGUGUCUCGAAAAUCCCACAAUCCAGACGCUCACAAACAUUCAAACGGUCCCUCCUCCUCCUCAACCACUUCCGAUGAUGGACUUUACGAGUUAUCCGAGGAGGACGUAAAGGAGAUCGAUGACAUGGUAGGUUAUUAUUAUUUAUGCAAAAACAACUUCAAUGCCUCUUCUUCAAUGUAG